AUGUUCUUCCAGACAGCUCUGCUCGCCGCGCUUGCAUCUGGCGUUGCCUCGCACGCAACGUUCCAGGACCUCUGGGUCAACAAUGUCGACCAGGGCGCAUACUGCGUGCGCCUGCCGUUGAGCAAUAACCCCGUCACGGACGUCACCUCCACCGAUCUGACCUGUAACGUCAACCCUACUCCCUCGGCCGGUAUCUGCCAGGUUAUGCCCGGAGACACCGUCACGGUCGAGAUGCACCAGCAACCCGGUGAUCGCACUUGCGCGAACGAGGCGAUUGGCGGAGACCACUUUGGACCCAUCCAGGUCUACAUGGCGAAGGUUGACGAUGCGACGACCGCGGACGGCAGCUCUCAGAGCUGGUUCAAGAUCGGCGAGAUGGGUCUUCCCAGUAACAACCCGGACUACUGGGGAACUGAGGUCUUGAACGACAACUGCGGUCACUUCACCGUCACCGUCCCCAAGGACAUCGCACCUGGCAACUACCUUCUUCGCGCCGAGGUUAUUGCCCUUCACGUCGCGAGCUCUCCCGGUGGCGCGCAGUUCUACAUGAGCUGCUUCCAGGUCAACGUUGGCGGCAGCGGCACUGCUUCGCCUUCGGGCGUCAAGAUCCCCGGCGCUUACUCCGCAUCUGACCCUGGCAUCCUCAUCAACAUCUACCAGACUCUGGCAUCCUACACUAUCCCCGGCCCGACUCCCUACAACUCACCUUCGCCCGUUCCCGCCACCACCGCAUGGCCGACGACCGCUACCUGGAACACCGCGACACAGCCCACGACCGUCCCGGCGCUCCCGCCAGGCUCGACUUCCGCUGCUGUUCCGCCCAGCCAGACAAGUGCUGCUUCCGGUGCCACUCAGACUGCGUACGGCCAGUGCGGUGGUACGGGCUGGACUGGUCCGACGGCGUGCGCUUCCGGUUUCAAGUGCAACGCUCAGUCGCAGUACUACGCCCAGUGUGUCCCGGCUUGA